UGUUUCUAGAAGUGCGCCAGUGGCGUCCUCGCUAAAAUUAGCUCGCCCGCUCGGCGCCACCCAGACUCGCAUUCCCUUGCCCAAGCGUACGCGGCGCGGAUCGACAAUCGGCGUCGUAACCUUUUCCCUAUCUCUGGUCCCCCAUCACUCAACUUUUUCGUCCCUCGCCCGCGCCGGUUCUCAUCGCAUUCGCCUUCCAGUCGAUGCUUGCGACAGCCCCUCGUUUCUCUUCUUCGGUCGCGCUCUAGAUACUCUCCUAUCGUCUUUGUAAUUCUCUCCUUUUGCCCUUAUCUAAUUCCGCUCGCGCGACCAUCAUGGGAAAGUGGCGAUAUGGUGUCAUUCUUGAUGCUGGCUCAUCGGUGAGCGUCAUACAGGUGCGACUUGGAGGAAGCCGUGGACACUAACGCACAGUCGAGGGGACACGCGUCUACGUUUACAAGUGGCUCAAUGCUGCCCGGGCGCGAGCAGACGCCGUCGAGGGCGAGCUCAAGACAUUACCAGAGUUGAUCACGCACAAAUCUUGGACUAAAAAGACGCAUCCUGGUACGUUGGGAGCAAGGCGACAGACGAUUGGAGCUUGCGAUCAAGCUCGCUGACGAGGCGCACCGUAGGCGUGUCGACCUUUGGCGACAAACCAGAACGCGUCGGAGAAGACCAUCUUCAACCUCUAAUCGACCAUGCGCUCAAGCACGUACCCAAAAGUGAGGUUGAACACACCCCGUUUUUCCUUCUCGCCACGGCCGGCAUGCGCCUGCUGCCGGACCACCAGCGCACAGCUGUACUAGAUUCCAUAUGCACUUACGUGCAAACGAACACCAAUUUCCAGGUGCCCGACUGCGAUCUCCACAUACAAGUCAUUCCCGGAGCUACAGAGGGGCUGUAUGGAUGGGUUGCUGCGAACUACCUCUUGGGCGGUUUCGACUACCCCCAAGAUCACGAUCACGGCAAGGGCCAUCACACCUACGGCUUUCUGGACAUGGGCGGCGCGAGCGCGCAGAUAGCGUUUGCCCCUAAUGCGACGGAGGCGGAGAAGCAUGCAAACGAUCUAACGCUGUUACGGCUGCGGACGCUGGAUGGAUCGCCUCAAGAGCAUAGAGUCUUCGUAACGACAUGGUUGGGGUUUGGAGCAAACGAAGCCAGGCGGAGAUACGUGGACGCGCUCAAAGAGUCGGUGGGGCCUCAGGCAAAGGAGCUUCCGGACCCGUGUCUGCCGACGGGACUGAAGGCUACGUUGGCAGGCACGCCGAUCGUCCCUGGAUCUCCAGAGGAGGCCGGUCACGAGCCUCAUCUACUGGGCACGGGCAAGUUCGACGAAUGUAUCCGACAGACGUACCCAUUGCUCGAGAAAGACAAACCGUGCAACGACAAUCCUUGCCUGCUCGGUGGAACGCACGUGCCGGCCAUCGAUUUUGAAGUCAACCACUUUGUUGGCGUGUCCGAGUACUGGCACACAACGCAUUCCAUAUUCGAGAUGGAUCACGACAACAAGGCAUACGACUUCCACACGUAUCAGACACGCAUCAAUGCGUUCUGCAGCCAGCCGUGGGAGGACAUCGUGGCGGGCGUGGAGAAGCACAAAUGGGGGAAGAAGGUAGACGAGAAGACGGCCGAGGAAGUGUGUUUCAAAGCCUCUUGGCUGAUCAACAUGCUGCACGAAGGCAUUGGGGUCCCAAGAGUCGGGCUUGAGAUGGCGAAGGGGGGCAGUGGACGAAAUGAGACGACAAAGCAGCUUAUUGAAGGGGCGAAAAGUAAGGGCUUUCUAGACCCGUUUCAGGCAGUCGACAAGAUCGAAGGCACCGAGGUGUCGUGGACGCUCGGCAAGAUGGUCUUGUACGCCGCGUCGCAGAUUCCGCCCUCCCACGACGACCUGCCUGUGGGCUUUGGAAGCAAUAUACCUGGUGUUGCGUUGCCGAAGGACUUCCAGCAGCCGGGCGGCAGUUCCUUUAAUCUUCCUGAUGAUCUUACAGAUCACGGGUUUUCCGAUGAGACGGACUUCCCUUCGACUGUGGAAGGAGAAGAGGUUGACUGGCAUGAAGCCCUGUUCCGCGAUUCCCCUCGCCGCAUACCGGGUUUCCUGCUCUUCAUGUUGAUCCUCGUCUUCCUCGUCUUCCUACUCUGUGGCCGCGAGCGUCGCGCGACUCUCAUCUCUAAGACGCGCCGUAUCCUCGGUCUCGGCAAAGGCUCACCGCUACUGGGAGGCCGGCUCGGCAAGUACGAUCGCGUAAUGCGCGACGAUCCCGAGGCGGCAGGCGAAUUUGAGCUGGGCGACGGGACGUACGACGACGACAGUGAUGACGAGGGGAGCGUCGGCGCAACGAGCUCGAGGGCAGCGAAGGUGCCAGGUUGGGCCACGCCAACCAUGGAGGGCGGUGUAGGUGGUCUAGCCUCGCCCGGAAAAGGCCUCGGGCUGGGAAUCAAACCUUUUGGCGUCCAAGGCGUUGUGAGCAGGACAGAGAGCAGGGAGCGGUUAAGUCGAAGUGGCAGUCCAAGGGCAGGUUUUAGAACGAGCAAAGACGCUCUUGAUUAACACGCUUGGGGGGCAAGUUAUCUUUGUACAUACGACUACCAUUCUUGUCAAGCGAAUACAUAAUGUGAACAUGACUUCUUCAUGA